AUGUUUAUAGUGAUAAUGUUUGCCAUUUGUUGGCUUCCGAUACAAAUGUUUGGACUUCUCGUAUGGUUUUAUCCCAAAUGGAUUCUCAACGCCGAGACAUCCCUUCAAUACUACACAUUCGUAGGCAUGUAUUUCUUCUGCCACUGGAUCUCAAUGGCGCACAGUUUUAUGAAUCCAAUAAUCUAUUCAUUUAUGAGCGAAAACUUUCGGACAUAG